GAAGAAAACAGGACGAUCACGAGUGAAAUAUUUUGAUCAUAGGUCAGUUGGAUCAGAGCCGAUGUGGAGCUACGAAGCCACACCUACAAAAUCAAUAAUUUUAAAUUUAUAUUUUUCAAAUUAGAUGGUUAUGGGCUCGUUCUUCUAUAUAGGAUACAACCCAGACCUCUGAACACACAGAGUAAUUUAUAUUUAUUCGAGAGUAUAAAGUUCUAAUUGUUUAGAUAAGGUCGAAUUCGCAGGAAUACACACAUGAUAGUCAAAUAGUAUCACUUGUCAUUAAUGAUUAUCGUAUUUUUCAGACAACGCAUUAUUAUGAAAUAUAAUAGAUUAAUGCAAGAUUUACUGCUUAAAUAUGGAAAAGUAAUCACUUCUUUUAUCUAGCAGUUUUAUAUAUCUUUAUAGUGGGAGGUAAUUCUGCUCGAAAUCAAGGUUCGCUUAUAUUAAUUAUUAUUAAAUGUGCAUGUAUAAUGAUGAAUGAAAAUAGAAAUUAAUAUUUUUGUGUACGAAAUAUAAAUUAUACUAAAAGAAAUAUAUAUCAGUGAAAUUCAUUUCCUAAACACAAAAAAUAAAAUAAAUCUAUUGAAAUUAAUGUAACUAGCAGACGACUUUGUACAGUUUCCUGUGUAAUGGCGGCGAAAGUGAAGCCAUCCCGGCUGGAGGCUGAAAUUGAGAAAUGUAGGGCCGAAUGCAGCUGGCAAAGGGCUUUAGAAUUUGUCAGACAACUUGUUCACAAGUCUCCAGGUUUUGAAUACAUGGUUGACUUUGUGAUGGGAGAAUGUAAACUUGAAGAGUACCUAGAGAAAUUCCCCCCAUGUGAGAAGAAUAUCAGCAAAGCUAUAAGUGAACUUUCUGAAGCUGAGACCCUUUUUAACCGAGUGAUUCAAGGGGACAAUAGAUUCAAAUUCGAUGCUCAACUUUUAUUAGUCAAAAUCCACUACUGUCGUGGCAAUUAUACUGGUGCUUAUGCUUUAUUGGAAAAAGCUGAUAUUGAUAACAUCACUAUUAAGUCUCCCUCAAUCCGGUUUCUACGGAUUUUAGCCGAAGGCUAUGCUAUUAAAGGUCUUUGCUUGGAACGGAUGCCCCCAGCAACCACUAGCAAAUUUAAAGCUGCUGAGAAAGAGGAGAAGAUAAUUCAUUAUUUUGAAAAAGCUGGUGAUCUGGCAUUGUUACAUUUACAAGAACAGGAGAGGAGUCAAACCAGUGGGCAGCUAGGUGUUGGGCAGGUAUCACUAGCCCCUGUUAACGUGAACGAUGUGGGACUUAUUUUGGAAACUGCAAUACAACAGGCUCCCAUUUUACACAUUAAGAAUGGAAAACUCUCCUGUGGUAUUAGCAGAUUUCGAGAGCUACUACGGGCAGUCGAAUCUCGUUACACCCAAAGUUUACGACAGAUUCUUUCCCGCCAGCUGGCUGAAGUUUUGUUGAGGGGUGUUUGUGAAAGAACAUACCUUCAAUUAGAUCUCAGCUCUGAGAAUUCAGAAUCAAAAAGUGGAAACACAGCUGUUCCUAGAAUGUAUGCUGGAGAUAAGCUAUUUACACCAGCAAAUGAGAAUGAGGAAGCCCUUUUGUUACUUCUUAUUGCUGAAGCUAUUGCUACCAGCAAUGUGGUUCUUAAUCGUUCUCCAGAACAUUCUGAAUUCCGACAACUGACCUUCAAGAAUGUUGGCACUGUAUAUGAUCUAUUAGCUAUAGCAUUGGUAAAAAGGGCACACUUCACUUUACUAGCAGAGAGCUAUGAGAGAGCUAUGCGCUUCUCUUUUGAUGAAUUCCAUAUAUGGUACCAAUUCGCUAAUUCCUUAAUUUGUACUGGAAAAUAUAGCCGUGCAGUACUGGUGCUAAAUGAGUGUGCUCGGCAGCAACCAAAGAAUCCAGCUCUCCUGUUGCAAGCAGCGCGCAUCUGCAUAGAAUAUCUCUAUCAGUAUAAUGAGGGGAUUGACUUUGCUGAACGAGCUAUAGCCAUUGAAGGGGACCAUCCCCUCCGGUCACGCAUCUAUGUUAUGAUGGGUGUCGGCUACAGUAUGAAGGCCAAUGAUAUGAAAAUGCAAGAAGAACGACAGAAACAAAACAGAAACGCCAUGAAUGCUUUCUAUAAAGCAUUUCAAGAAGAUCCUAAUGAUUUCCUAGCAUCAUUCCACUUGGCAUUACAAUUAGCAAUCCAACGACAGAUUUCUGAUGCUGUGCAUUUUGUGCGUAAUGCUUUGAAACAGUGCAGCGAUCAUAUUCAUUCUCUACAUCUGCUUGUGCUGCUGCUAUCUGCCCAGAAGCAUUAUGAAGAAGCUGUGCAGUUUCUUGAGACAGCUCUACAAGAAUAUCCUGAAAACAUAAGUUUGUUGCUAACUAAAGCUAGACUUGAAGAAGUAUGUCUUGGACCAGAAGAAGCUUUGGUUACGUGCAAACAUAUGUUGAAACUAUGGAAAGAUUUACAUGAAAUUCAUCAAGAAGAUGGUUUUGAAUCACAGUCAAGAGGACAUAUCGAUCGAACAGCAUUUGACAAAAGGAGUUUAGCUCAAAUGCAACUGAAUGAAGUCAGUGAUCGAGAUUCUGGAUCAAUUCGUGCAGAAUCAAUAGCUGCAUCUCGUGUAGAGCAUGCCUUGUCUGAAGUGGCUUCUUCUAUGAACAGUUCCUACGUCCCACGCCAUGGUUCUCAACAGAUUUGGAUGCUACAAGCUCAGAUAUGGUUACAUUUAGCUGAACUUUAUCUCAGUUUAGACCGAACAACAGAAGCUGAAUCCUGCGUACAGGAAACUUCUGCCAUAUUUCCACUAUCUUACCAAGUAGCUUUCAUGAAGGGACGUGUCCUUGAACAUAAGAAACGUUUCCAAGAAGCUAAGGUGUAUUUUGAAAAUGCUAUAUCCAUCAAUCCUGGCCAUGUAAAGAGUCUAGAGCAUUUAGGGAAUGUAUUACAUAACCUAGGAAAUGACCGAAUGGCUGAGAAGGUGCUCCGUGAGGCAGUAAAUGCUGAUACUAAAUCACAUCAAUCUUGGUACUGUCUUGGUCAAGUGUUACACAGCCUCGGUCAGUAUGAGGCUGCAAGUGACUGUCUCCAAUUUGCUAUGGACUUAGAAGCUAACAGUCCUAUCAUUCCAUUCACUGUCAUUCCACGCCUGUUGCACUGACUGGUAUGUUACCGAGAAAUGUCGAAAUGAAAUGUCAUGCUUGUUCAGAAGGAUCAGCUAGUUUCCUGCUGCCUGUGUCUCCUCUCCACCCUACUGCUGCUUACCACAGAAGUAAAUCACGAUCUAGACACCAAACCAGCCACCACACAAACAAACAGACAGACAAUCUACCCCAGCUAACCAGCCUGUUCAGAUGCCAAUAAAGUGGAUGGCUGGGUAGGUAGACAGCUACAGGGAAUGCAGUUAAUGUGCUACUUGUUUAGUAUGUCAAGUGAAGUUAACAAUAAAGUAUUCACUGGUAUCUAUCACCAUCCAGCAGGUGUAAAACCAUAGCAGCGAAGAUGAAUAGUUCCACACAACAUGCAUCAUAAGAAUGGCCGCCUGCUUGGAUAUGUGUGUUUUUGCUGUGCACGACGACAACAGAGGGUGUUAUUUUUUUGUACAUUUUAACAGCAAUUCAAAUGGUUGUUGUUGUUAUUGUUGUUAUUGUUAUUAUUGUUGUUAUUUUAUUACUACAAUUACUACUACUAUAAUGAUAAUAUUAAUUAUUAUUAAUAAUU